CCGUUGGAAUAUUCCCGAUAGGGUCCAUAGAAGACGAGAUAUUGACCUCCAAAGUUUGGGAUUUUUCAUUUUUCGGCUAUACCCCCCCGUAUCGAAUUUUUCACAAAAAUUUUUUUUUUUCGAAAUCGAACUAACUAUACCAGCGGCUUAUUCUCAUCACGUACAUUACGAAAAUACCGGGUUAUAACAAGAUUCGAGCUAAACUAAGGGAAUGAGAGCACUUUGAAUAUUCGGAAAAUGUCACUUUUCGACCUCGUUUUUGAGCCCAAAAAUGGGCCCUAAAAGUGCGAGAUCUCGGCUAAUAUGAGAGCUACGACCUUGCGGAUGGUCUCGUUGGAUUCAGAAGGACGAAACUAAGAUAAAACCGUUGGAAUUUUCCCAAUGGGGUCCAUAGAAGCUGAGAUAUCGAUCUCCAAAGUUUGGGAUUUUUCAUUUUUCGGGUAUACCCCCCCGUAUCGAAUUUUUUCACCAAAUUUUUUUUUUUUCGAAAUCGAACUAACUACUCCAGCGGCUUAUUCUCAUCACGUACAUUACGAAAAUACCGGGUUAUAACAAGAUUCGAGUAGAACUAAGGGAAAGAGAGCACUUUGAAUAUUCGGAAAAUGCCCCUUUUCGACCUCGUUUUUGAGCCCAAAAAUGGGCCCUAAAAAUGCGAGAUCUCGGCUAAUAUGAGAGCUACGACCUUGAGGAUGGUCUCGUUGGAUUCAGAAGGACGAAACUAAGACAAAACCGUUGGAAUUUUCCCGAUAAAACCAAUAGAAGCCGAGAUAUCGACCUCCAAAGUUUGGUAUUUUUCAUUUUUCGGCUAUACCCCCCCGUAUCAAUUUUUUUCAGCAAAAAAUUUUUUUUUCGAAAUCGAACAAACUAUACCAGCGGCUUAUUCUCAUCACGUACAUUACGAAAAUACCGGGUUAUACCAAGAUACGAGAAGAACUAAGGGAAUGAGAGCACUUUGAAUAUUCGGAAAAUGUCACUUUUUGACCUCGUUUUUGAACCCAAAAAUGGGCCCUAAAAAUGCGAGAUCUCGGCUAAUAUGAGAGCUACGACCUUGCGGAUGGUCUCGUUGGAUUCAGAAUGACGAAACUAAGAUAAAACCGUUGGAAUUUUCCCAAUGGGGUCCAUAGAAGCCGAGAUAUCCAUCUCCAAAGUUUGGGAUUUUUCAUUUUUCGGGUAUACCCCCCCGUAUCGAAUUUUUCCACCAAAAAAUUUUUUUUCGAAAUCGAACUAACUAUACCAACGUCUUCUUCUCAUCACGUACAUUAAGAAAAUAUCGGAUUAUAACAAGAUCCGAGUAGAACUAAGGGAAUGAGAGCACUUUGAAUAUUCGGAAAUUAUCACUUUUCAACCUCGUUUUUGAGCCCAAAAAUGGGCCCUAAAAAUGCGAGAUCUCAGCUAAUAUGAGAGCUACGAUCUUGAGGAUGGUCUCGUUGGAUUCAGAAGGACGAAACUAAGACAAAACCGUUGGAAUUUUCCCAAUAUGACCCAUAGAAGCCUAGAUAUCGACCUCCAAAGUUUGGGAUUUUCAAUUUUUCGGGUAUAGCACCAAAAAAUUUUUUUUUCGAAAUUGAACUAACUAUAACUAUACCAACGUCUUCUUCUCAUCACGUACCUUAAGAAAAUACCAGGUUAUACCAAGAUACGAGCAGAACUAAGGGAUUGAGAGCACUUUGAAAAUUUGGAAAAUUUGAAAUUAGAUGAAAAAUUUAUUUCGCCAUUAAUAUUCGCUUAAACUGUGUAAGGUUAGAUAGUGCAUAAAACGGGUACUAAUUUUUAGAGUACUACCCUGUAUAACUGAAACAAAUCAUGAAAACCUCAUAAUAAGUGUUAGUAAUUGACCUCCUAUAAUGUUAUAAUAAAAUGCCAUUUAAAAUUCAAUAAAAACGUUAUUUUUAGUAAUAAAUGGUAAGUCGUGCGUUCAACCGUUCAAUAAAUAUAAAAAACGUCACGGCUCAACUCAUUACCUUGCCAUCAAUAUUCAAUUAUUAUAUAUAUUGGUGCCGAAUAUCUUUGAUGUGCUUCUUAUCUAAUCUAUAAUUAACUUUUAAUUAUUUAUAUAAAUUCGAGUAUUUAUAGAAUCCAUUAUUUUCAGGAGUGACAUAUCUGAAGUACCGUUGCCAAAAUAGCAUAAAAAAAAAGUUACAGAUCCGUAUUAUUAGAUCGGGUAAAAAGCAGCAGAUGAGAUGAGGCUCGGGAAGGAUUUUAUAUUCAAUUCGACCAAACAACGGUUAGAUUCGACCUUGGCUUUGGCACGGCGUAGUCCAGUUCAAGGAUAAAAACCUGAUCAUGAUGAUGUAUGACAACAACACAGACCUGAAUAACUGAAUAAUAGUCGAUCAUACGCGGACGCUCCAUCAUAGAAAUAAACCAUCCAGUGUUGUUUAAUAACGAUUUGAAAGCGAGUUCGGUGUUGUGCCUGUGAUAAAGAGAUGGACCCUUUUAGAGAGUUUCUCGGUCCUACCAAUACCAGACAAGAGCGUCUCCUCGUGUUCUUUCGCAAUCAAAAAUUCGUCGACUGCAUAUUCCGGAUCGAAGAUAAAGAAAUCAAGGCGCACAAACUGGUUUUGGCCUGUUGCAGUCCCGUUUUCGAAAAAAUGCUCUUCGGAGACCUCGCUACCGACGAGGUCCACGUGGAGGAUGUCAAAAUCGAAGAAUUCACACAGAUGCUAGAAUACAUUUACACGGAGAGUAUUAGUUUUAGUUCAAUCUCAAAUGCCUGGUCAGUAUUUUACGUUGCUCAAAAAUAUUUCAUUAACGAUCUAGUUGAAAUAUGUUUAAAUUAUGUUAAGCAAAACGUUACGUUAAGCACGUUGGUUUUGAGUUUUGAAUACUCGGAGCUAUACAAUUUGAAUAAUAUGAAGGUGGCUUACAUGCGUGAUAUAAUUCAAGCUGUGGGAAGUGUUAUGGAGGGCGAUUAUCACAUGAAACCGUCCACGUUAAGAUCUAUAUUGAACGAGGAUCUUUUAAUAACAAAAAGUGAUCUCGUAUGCAAAAUUCUUAAUUGGGCUUUGGUUGAAUGUGAAUGCAGAGACCUCGCCGCUAAUCCAGAGACCCUGGUACAAAUUCUUAAACAGGAAAAUCUUUUAAAACAUAUUAACAAACGAUGGUUAUUCGAUGUAACUUGUGAAUAUUGUAACGAUACGUUGAUCAUGUGCGACUGCGUUGACGAUUGCAUUCAUAAAACCUUAAUGUACCUGAGCAGUGACUCUAUUUUAGAUGAGAAACAAGACUUAAUAGUUCAUAAUACCAAAGUUUUGCCAGCCAUUUGCAAAGUACGAAAAGUUUACAAAAUUGCUCGUAGAAUAGAUUUACAUAAUAACGAAGAGUUUAUUUCGGGUUUAUCGGCGAAUUGCGAUCUAGUUGUGACCGGUUUGUUUCUUUGCACUGAAAUGAACGGGACUUUCGAUGAUUAUUCUGAGGAAUAUAAGGGGCAAGUUAUUAUAAGGUUUUGUGAACUAGGCUCGGAUGAAAACAUCGUAAAACCUACAAUAUUGAACGGUUCGUUUCCAUACAACUCCGACAUGUUCAUACCGCUAAGAUAUCCGGUUACAAUGAAAUUAUAUAAUUUGUAUAACAUACGAAUCUCAUAUAAGAACUUUGGUAGUAAGGAGCGGUCUAGUAUUGUAUGCAGUUAUAUGAGUGAUGAAUUAGUAGAUUAUAAACGAAGCGGCCUGUUGGGAGAACCUCCGAAAUUGUUUUUCUAUGAUAUGUUUGGGACAAUUGUGAAAGGGGUUGCGUUUCUGCCCUUAUGACAGCUUACAAAAAUGUAUUUAGAUUUAUAGGUAUUUAUUCUUAUUUAUAAAUUAGUGGUGGAAACAAACUAAAUAAAAAAUGUGAUUUAUUAAAUAUAUGUGUGUAAAAUUA